AUGUCGAAAAACCCUCGCGUGCGGCUCGAGUCCGCUCUCGACCUCCACCGCCGCCUUCCUCCGGAUAUGGUCGAGCGCAACUUGUCGAAUAUGAUCGAUCUUGCCCCAGAUUUGACGGAGGAUCUACUCGAACGCGUAGAUCAGCCGCUCAGGCUAAUGAGGGAUGAAGAAGUUGGCAGGGAUUUUCUCUUGUGUGACUACAACCGCGAUGGGGAUUCUUAUCGCUCACCGUGGAGUGAUAAGUACUUUCCUGCGAUUCCAGACGGGCUACAGAUAUCAGAGUUGUUGAGGAAGAUAGAAAUCGAGUUCAACGACGUUUUCAAUCAGUACCGCGAGCUCUACUACGACGGCGGUAUUUCAUCCGUCUAUCUUUGGGAAAUAGCGGCAGAAUCCGGCUUUGCUGGAGCUAUUCUCUUCAAAAAGGCCGGAGAUGGAAGCCAAAAUAUUCCCGGAUCAUGGGACUCAAUCCAUAUCUUUGAGGUGAUCGAGAAGACCGAUGGUUUUCACUACCGAUUGACGACAACUGUGAUGCUCUGGCUGCAGACUAAAUCUGAUAGCAGCGGCUUGCUGAGUCUCGGAGGAUCGCUACAGAGACAGACGGAGAAGCACGUCACUGGCACAAAGAUCCCAGAGCACAUUCUUGAGAUUGGCAAGAUGGUCGAAGACAUCGAAAACAAGAUCCGCAACAGUCUUAACGAUGUGUACUUUGACAAGACGCGCGCAAUCGUGUCCGUUUUACGCACGCAGACGCCAAUUAACGAACGAAUCAAAAACCGCCAGCAGUUGGCUGCAGAACUCACUCAACGCCUUGAUCGUCUCAAUUCGCAGCCCGAUGGCUGA